AUGGCAUCAAACACCACUCAGACAGCUGCUGGCAGCACCUUGACGGUGGAAAUCAAACAGAUGAUUGCAGACGGCCUUGACGACAUUGGAAAUGGAUACAACAGUCUUGAAGAGCGCUUCCAUGCCCUUGAGAAGAGAACCGGUCGCCCAGACGUUCCACAAACCAUCUGCCAACGCUUGAUCACACUUGAAUCACGAAUGUUGUCAUACGAGAGACAAGCCCGGGAUGCCGUCGACCAGUUCAAGGACGAUGUUAAUCAGAUCACAUCCAUCAAGGAUCGCAUCAAGACGGCGCAGACAGAUAUCAGCGACCAUACGUCCAGUAUUGCCAACCUCUCCAAGAGCUUCCACGAUGCCAAUGCUCAGAACAGGAAAUCGGCAGCUGAGACCAACACAACACUGGAGAGACUCAUCAACCGCGUCAACGAGCUUGAACGCAAGAAUCAAUAUUCAGCAAAUGAGGCCGGUAUCCCACCCUUCACGUCGGGUCAGGAUCUAGCUGAGGCGCUACUUACGCGUCUGAGAGGUGGUGAUGUCCUGGAGCCCGACACGAUGGCUCAGCUCAAGACAGCCAUCGGUAGCAGCAAGACUCGCGACGCGCCACCGACCCGCCUGCCAGACACGCCUCCCACCGAUCUAGAACCCCCUGCGCAGAUCAAGAAGCCUUCCGCGAAGCGCAAGCGCCCUGCCGAGCAAGAAGCGUCUCCGCCAGCGAAGCGCGCCAAGACUCCUGCGAAAGACGUCGCAGCCGUACCAUCGAGCAGCACCCCAGCCAAGAGGAGCCAGCCUGAUCCACCUCAGUCAGCGAAGCGCUCCAAAUCACCCGCAAAGGAAGUCGCUGCCGUACCAUCGAGCAGCGCGCCCGUCAAGAAAAGCCAGCCUGCUCCAGCUCGUCAGCCGAGAGCAUCGCCACGCCGCCAGAAGACGCUUUCCGCUUCCGCUCCAGCUUCCGCCACUACUUCCUUCGUAGUGGAUGGGCAGCCAGACUCUCCACAGCCACGCCGCACAUCUCGAGCGGUCAAGGCAACGAAGCGAGGCGAUGGCUACAUGACAUGGCUCCAAGUGAAAGAAGCACGCAGCAGCCAGAACAACUGA